AUGCGUACUUUCUUGGUGUUGUGUUUUAUUGCCGCUGUGACAGCUCAGUACCAAUAUGGUGUUAACUUUGGUGGUGGAAAUUCUGAAGAUCUAGGCUUUUCUAAACAGCAACAAGUUCUGCCACUCCAAGAGGAAUACAGCAAGUCGUUCUAUUCAUUUAGUGCCCCUGAACAUGAAUUUGAAGAUCCAAAUGCAGCCGAGAAAAUUGCCAGUGCCUUGAAAAAGAAUCUCCGAGUGGUGUUCAUUAAAGGACCCGAGAAUAAAGGCCUUGAAAAUGCUGUACUUCAAUUGGCCAAAACAGCUGCAGAGGAUCGUACUGCCAUUUAUGUACUCAACAAACAAUCGGAUAUUGGAUCGUUGGUCAAUCAAUUGCAGGAACUUAAGUCGACCACCGACAACAGGCCAGAGGUUCACUUUGUCAAAUAUCGUACUCAGGCUGAUGCAGAAAAUGCCCAGCGUACCAUUCAGUCGCAAUACGAUAGCUUACCUGGUACAUCAAUUGAUAAUGCUCCUAGAUCUGCCUCAGUUCUGAAUUUCGCUUCGAAAUCGGCAUUCACUGGUAAUGAAGCUGAUCUAGUCCCACCGACUUCUGCUCCAGCACCAGCUUCUGUUCCGCCAUCAAGAAGUUAUAUACCACCAAGAAGUGCAUACAUACCACCCAGCAAAAGAGUUUAG